AUGUCAGGUUGGGCCAGCUACAUCGAGGCAUUGACGGCGACCGGGCAGGUCACGCAAGCCAUCAUCUUUGGGCAUGAUGGUACUGUGUGGGCGGCUUCUCCUGGCCUGAGCAACGUCGCAAGCAGUGAACUGGUGGCCGUGAGCAAGACGUUCGAUAACCCCUACGAAGCUCAAUCAAAUGGUCUCAAACUAAUGGGCUUGUCAUACAUCCUGCUGCGCUCCACCAGCGAGAGCAUCUACGCCAAGAGGGGAUCGUCAGGCUUCUCUGCUGCCAAGACGAAGCAGGGUGUGGUAGUCGGCUUCUACGAUGCGCCAACCUAUCCAGGGCGCAGCACCGUGGAGGUGGAAAAGAUCGCCAGUUUCAUGCGUGAUAACAAUCCCUCGUUCGUGCUCUUCGCGGGCAUCAAGCAGAAGAACCGAAAGAAAGAGACAACAGAUUUUCCACGCAUGUCUGCUCCCGCGCUUCCCUUAAGCGAGCACGCGGCCCGAGCCACGGCCUCGUUCGCCCGCCUGUUGGCCGAAGCGGAAGGCACUAACAAAGCCCAAGAGCGGCAUAUCGACACCUCCAUCUCCCACGACCCGGGCACCAACCUUCACCACACUACCAGCGACGAGUGUGCUGAUGGCGAUGGCGACGGAAAGCGCAGGGUCUACUCACCAUCGUUUCUCCUCCAAUUCAAAGAGCGCUACACCGAGCCGCCGCCGGGCCUGCCCAAGUCGGGCCUGGGGUGCCUGAUCUCGUCAGAGACGCCCAUGACGACAACCAGGGACCGUCCAGGCCGGGACGAGCGACCCUCGAUCCGAAGAGGCGAGUCCGCGCGCGACAUCGCCACGCUCAGACUGCACCGCGGCAGGCGCGCUGCGGGGACUGCCACGAGCGGGCGCGCAGGCUCACCCUACCCACCGGGCUACAGCCCUCCGCCCGCGGGUCGUCCCAAGACGCCAGGCUCGCCCACCGUGCCGCGCUGGAAGCAAUUCCAGGCCGCACCAACUCCCCCGCGCUUCGCACAGAAGGCCGCGACCUCGUCGGCGCCCUCAACCCCUCGCAUGUGGAAGCGAGCCGAGGGUCCGGUUGAAGAGGAGGAAGGCGAGUUCAACCCCGAGGAGAUGGAGGAGUCCGGCGGCUGGAGGAGAGAGCGAGUCGAAGCUGCGCCGGCGGUUCUGUCAGAUGGCGCCAAGGCGUGGACCCCGCGGAGGCGUCAGGGCGGACUCAGCAAGGACCAGGAGCUCCUCUCCCAGGUCAAGGGGAUCCUGAACAAGCUGUCGGUGGACAACUUCCACCAGUUGUGCGGGCAGCUGUUCGCGCUGGAGAUACCUUCGUUGGACGUCCUGAAGGGCAUCGUUGAUAUCAUCUUCGACAAGGCCACCCUCGAGCCCACGUUCAGCUCCCUCUACGCACAGAUGUGCUCGGACUGGGUCAACAAGGCCCCCAAGUUCAAGGAGCCUGGGUCAGAGCGAGAUAUGGCAAUGUUCGAGAAGAAGGAGGAGGGCGAGACACAUCCCACAAAGAGGGUGAUGAUCGGCAACGUGAUCUUCAUCGGUGAGCUCUACCGCAAGAAAGUGAUCACGCACAAGAUCGCUCACAUCUGUCUCUCUACCCUGCUCGGAUCCGUCACCCAUGCGAUUGCGGACAAUAAGGCUGAGACGAUUGACGAAGAUGUGGAGUGUCUGUGCAAGCUGUUCAUCAUCGUCGGCCGCGACCUCGACGUGCUGUCGUCGGAUAGCCACAAGCGCAUGGAUGAGUACUUCCGCGCCCUGCGUGGCAUCAUGACCAACAAGGCCCUGCCCGCCCGCAUCCGCUUCCUCGUUCAGGACGUCAUAGACAGCAAAGUGAGUGUGCGCCGCGCCACGGAAGAUGACGCCACAUUUCUGGCGUGGAUUCUGCUAGAAGCUUCACGAUCGUCCUUGCCCCGGGGAUUUUAUGAUGUGCUCUUUGAUGAUUGCGGUGAGGGGGAGCUGCUCGCCAUCCUCAAGGACCUCGUCCUCACUCCCGAGCCCUCGUUCACCCGCUGGGACUGCUUCCUCAUCGCUGAAAUCGAUGGCAUUCACGCAGGAGCCGCGUGCGGCUACAGCGCUGAAGAGAAGACUGGAGAGGGGCUCUGGCGAGCAGUCACGACCGCACUUAAGGAGAGGAAGUGGAGUGUAGAGCAGAUGGCCAAGACGGAGCGCGUGUGGAACGAACUGCUCGUGCUCUGGCCCGCGCUCAACGGUGAGCACGAGCACUGGAUCGUUGAAUACGUUGCCGUGACCCCGACCUUUCGGAAGCGAGGCGUGUGCCACCAGUUGAUGCUGGCAGUGCUGGAUCAAGGGCGGGCAAGAGGCUUCAAGCGAGCUCAGAUCACACCGUAUGCCGACAACGAGGCCUCGGUAAAGGCCUACGAGAAGGUGGGCUUUAAAGAGUAUUGCACCAUCACCUCCCCCAUAUUCGAACAGCACAUACCCGACACGCUCGGCGCCCUGCACAUGCGCAUGGAACUAUGA